GUGGAGACUGAAAACAAAAAAUGGGGUAUAACAGAUAGACCUUUUGAAAGUACACUCCAUUCGAAGGGGCCAACAAUGGGUUUGCAUGGAGACCAAUACAGUAAAAUCAAUUGGAAGGGUACAGUCCUAUCCAAGAAGAAGGGAGAAAAUACUGUGAUAUUGCGCGACAAAUCAGUGAUGGUAAUCCAAAACUUUGUCGUCAAUGACUCUGGAACGUUUGUUAUUGGGCGGCGGUUCACAAGUACGGGUAACUUCUUUGAAUUGUCAGUCAAAUCUUCGAAACUAGACAUCCUACGCGUUGAAAAAUUAGCGAGACGGCCAAUUUUGUUUUCCAUCACAGACGUGAAAUAUAAAUCUCUAUUGUUGCCAUAUGGGGACGGAAAAUUCGUCAACCUCUUGAAAUUCGAGCUUGCGGAAAUUAACAAGACAGACGCCAUUUCACUAAUAAUGGUAAAAGUCGGUGCAACAUUACUAUUUGACAAUUAUUAACUAUUAGAGAAUCAACGUGUUACAACGAAUACAUAUUUUCAUCUAUUAGAUAGCAACCAUUUAUCCUUGAAUGAAAACCUGUGAGUUAUAGAUAAUGUGAAACACUACUCCGCUACACACAAAAUCGGUUAAAAACUUUCCAGCAUAUAUAUAUAUGAAAUAUAUAUAUAUAUAUAUAUAUAUAUAUAUAUGAAAUAUGUAACGUGAUCAUUGACUUAGAUUAUGUGAGGACAUUAUAUGUCCCUUGAGUGAAAUUUCUUAGAAUGAACGCGGUGACACCGAAGAGUUUAAAACGUAAGCUAAACGAGACUGAAGAUAAAUCCGAGCAGGCGGGAGAGAAGACACAUUGUGUGGUGGAAUAUCUGGAAGAGGGUAACACUCACACUGUUCCGUUAAAUUGGACAGAAGAUUACGAAGGACAAACUUUUGGUUACUGGCCAAAUAAGUACAAGAAUGCCGAGCUACGAGCAGCGAUCCGAUCAUGUGAGAAGCCAGACGUCAAUAAGUGGGAUUCUCAUUUAAUAAAAAUCCAUUACCGAGGAACCUUGGCGGAUUGCCACAAACGAGAGAAAGCGCUCCUAGAUCACGGUAGCAGUUUUGUAUCCGAAGCCACCGAGAAUCUCGAAGCGAUGGAAUCCACGGGAGCUGCUCAUAAAUCAUCAAAGAAGAGUUCAGCGCUGACAGGUGAACAAAGAUCCAAAGAUCUGGUGAACGAGCUUUACAAGGAAGGCCACGCAGCUGAUGUUCACGAUCAAAGCCUGCUCGCACCUUCAACUAGUGGGCAGUCGGUCCGCUUACGUAAAAAAUUGAUUGAACCAAAAGACAGUGUACCCCAAAAGCGUGAUAAUGAACCGGAUGAUGAACUGAGAGAAUUAGAACCUGGAUUAACACCGAAGAAGAAGUGCAGAAUUUGCUCAAAUUUUUGCCUUGACUGCGCUGCCAAGGAAGAAGCUAACGAACUUUAUCAGCGAAAAGUACUGAGACUCCUUCGUAGAAUUCUUGGAUAAUUGAGCAUCGCUACGGACGGUCCCCCUGUUGCCGUCGAGCCUCUAAAAUUAGGUGAUUUCAAGUUACCACUCAAGACUCUGAAGGCUAUUAGGAGACUGGAGGCUUCAAUCACCGUUGAGAUGGUCCAGAAAUUGAAAGGAAGGAUGACGACUCUGGUUGGGAAAACGCCUUGGCACACCGCUUUGGCAGUAAUGCGCAUGGUCCUCACUGUUAAGGUUAUGAAAAAGCUUAACUGGGAUGGAACAAACAAAGGAAAAAUUGGGUUUGUGAAAAUCGCACCUACACUGGCUGAAGCUAUUGAAAGUGGAGCAAAAGAAGCGGCUGUGACUCAGUUCAAGCCGACAGACAUACGUGAUAAACUAAGGCAAGUGCUCGUAAAAGCUAAAACAUUGGAAGAUACACCACUUCCAGUCGGCCAGGAGAUAAAUGAAGAAGACGACGAUGUCGAAGACGUCGAUCUAGCAGACAUUGCAAUUGACCCCGCCCAAAUACGAAACCCCGUUCCCGUGAUAGAUAACCAACUUCCACCCCUCCGACAGAAUUAAAAUGUAAAAUCCCUGCAGAUUUUGUAAUUACGAAGAGAUCACAUAAAUCUCUUACUAUACUGAACAUUAUAAUUAUGAUAAACACAAUUGCUUUCACCGUGCCCAGCGUUGGAAUUGAAAAUUAUUGGUCCUUGUUUUGCAAUGAUGGAAAAUACAUUAUUGAGACCAAUUUUAAUCUGUACUUCUCAUAAAUAAUAGCUUCUUGUCCCCUUUUAAGCUAUGAAGAGCCCAAUUUUGAUCAAAAAUUAUUAUAUGGUGAGACAUGCACUAGAUGCAUGCAUAAUCAUUCCAUUCAAUUGACAAUAGGACGGAAUUAUUUGAGGUCAAUACUUGGAUGGCGCAGAGUUAUAGAAAAAAACCACCAAUUAUACGUUAUUCAUAAUCUAAAUAAAAAUUGUAAUACAUGAAUUCCGAUAGAAUUGGAAAUUUUUUUACAACAUAUAAUACCAAAAAUUAUGCUAUUCAUGUAUGAAUGUCAACUUCUCAAUCUGGAAGAUCGUUGAAAAAACCGUAUGAAGGCCUGGGUGGAGUGGCGUUACUUGAGAAAACGUAGAUUCGUGUUUACGAAGUCAAAAGUGGUUCAAUUGUCAAAAACUCAGUAUAGCGCCCAACAGACAAUGCAGAACUAUGGUGCUAAACUGAGUUUUGGACAAUUGAACCACUUUUGACUUCGUAAACACAAAUCUACGUUUGCUCAAAUAACACCACUCCAUCCGGGCCUUAAGGCAAUUUAUUUUAAAAAAAUGGUGGUAAUUUAUCAAAUCAAAAUUAUAAUUGUAAUAAUACGCAGAUCCACCGAUCUGGCGGCUUAUUGUGGUUUGUGUUUUGUGUGCCACAACAGAACUGUUAUGAUGACAUUCUCCUUGUUUUUAAUCAAUCUUCAGUCAUCUUUUUUUUUCUUAGUAUUCUGACACACAAAACACGAAGGGAAAUUACCACCCAUGCGUGGAAAAAUUUAGUAGAAGUAGUUAAUACAUUGAAAAUUAGGGGGCAUCCCACAAAUUACCAAUUAUGAUUUGCUGACGAUGAGAGUGGUAUUUCGAUCAUAACUUUAAGUACAUUCUUGCUAAAAAUUCACUUCUCCAAAAUCUGAUAGCAUUAUUCAAUUAAAUCAUUCCGUAAGAUCGACGUCAUUAUUUUAUUAUAUAAUUUAUAUUGAUAUCAAUUCCCGGUUGGUCUCAAUGACCCAGUUCAAAAAUAUGGAGAAUAGCAUAUUUGAUCGUAAAAAAAUUGAAAUAACACAAGCAAUUCAUUUUUUUUUCUCUUUUAGCCCGAUAAAAAAUUCAUGAAAAGUAUUAGAAAAAAGGGCCUCAAACGUUGCCCUAUUUUCACUGCUCCAACAGUAAUAAUUUAUAAUAUAUAGAUAUUAUACAUGUCCCGAUUUAAUAUCAUAUAAGACCAAAAAGUCAAAACACAAAAAAAUAAAACAAAAUAGAUUCCUGUGUUUUUAUACUUACCUCUGUUUCUUAAGGUUUAUUUAAUAUUAUUGU